CCCAGAAUCUUCUUAUCUAAUCCAAUGGACUCCAAGAAAAAACACCUUUCUCUGAAUAUACUCAAGAAGAGGAACUCACUCUCGCUUUGAUUCUCAGCUCAAACCCAUGGAAGCUAUACUCCUCCGUUUCUAUACCACCGCUGGUGGUGGUGGAACGAGUAGAAGAACCAUUUCUCAAAUCCAUAUGAUGACUUCUACUCAUUUCUAUUUCUAUAACACCACCACCAACAUCAAGAACAGCAGGCUUAUUCAUUCUCGAAUUCUCUCAUCCUCUUCAUCGAAAACCUUAAUUUCAAUCCCUCAAAAACCCUCUCAUUUCCCCAAAUUCGUCGAUGAUGAUAGUGAUGAAAACCCCCAAAUUGCAAAACCCACCACCAGCAGAAUUGAUAUCUUCAGAGAAAAACUCCUCUACUUAGAUUCAAUUGGAAUUGAUAUCUUCUCUAUUCUAAAACAACAAGAAGAAGAACAAAAUGAUGGGAAAUAUGAAGAAGAAUUCAACACACUAAAUCUAAUUGUUUCAACUUCUCUUGAUGAUAUGAAAUCCACCAUUGAUUUCAUAAGAUCAAUGGGUUUCAGUUCAAUUGAAUUCCGUAGGAUUUGUGGUAUGUGUCCUGAAAUACUCACAUUCAAAGUUUCAGAAGUCAUUCCUGUAUUCACAUUCUUGUUAAGGGAAGCUAAAGUGAUGGGUUCUGAUAUUCGGAAAGUCAUCAAUCGAAGACCUAGAUUGCUCGUCUGCAAUGUCGAGAAGCGUCUGCGUCCGACAUUAUACUUCUUGCAGAGCAUUGGGAUAGCUGAGGUACAUAAACAUACAUCUUUACUGUCUUGCAGUGUUGAGGAUAAGUUUAUACCAAGGAUUGAGUAUUUGGAAAACAUUGGUUUUACUAAUGCCGAUGCUCUUUCAAUGUUGAGGAGAUUCCCACAGUUGUUUUGUUAUAGUAUUAAGAAUAAUUUUGAGCCUAAGUUCGAUUACUUUUACCGCGAAAUGGGAAGGGAUUUAGACGAGUUGAAGGAGUUUCCUCAGUAUUUUUCAUUCAGUUUAGAGAAUAGGAUCAAACCUAGACAUUUGUGUUGUGUAGAGAAAGAUGUUCAUUUUCCACUUCCUGUAAUGUUAAAGACUUGUGAUACACAGUUUCGUGAUACAUUGGAGGUAUGUCGUAGUUCUUCUUUGCCUUUAAGAACUUCUCCAUUGUGGUGUACAAGUACAGAUUCCUAUAAUUCAAUACCAUGUUAACUUUCAUCUCUCUUGUUAAUUUAUCUUUUACAAGCAUUGUCUUCUGAAUUUCGGUGCUUCAAUUCAUGUGUCAUACUGCAAUUCUGUCCAGAGGAACAAUUCCGUAGUGGGUCGAGUGUUUGUAUGUGCAACACCCUACUACUAUUUCAGAAGCACAGUGUAAUUAAGCAAGAGGGAACAAUAGGUUUUAAUUCCAUAGAGGGCCAAGUGCUUGUAACACGCUACAACUAUUUCCAAAGUACAGUGUAAUUAAGCCAGAGUUGAAAUUUGAGAUUUGCACUUUGGGUCUGAUGUGACAAAACUAGAUUUUCUGAAUCUCAUUUAUGCUAUACAUAGAGGAAUUGUUGGAGAAAUUAGGACUUUAGAUAUUCAAUAAUCUGUUGAAUGGGUUGGAUUAGCAGAACCAGCCUUUUUAGUUGCUUCAUUUUUGUUUUCUCCUUUUGUGAAUGCUGAGGGAAACCAUUUCCAGAAAAAGUAUUUUUACGAGAUUGUAGACUUGUGUAUAUAGAAGUUAAGCAUGUCAUACAUGGUUUACUGGAGAUGUUGGCAUAACAAAAAGGAACAGGUAUGUCAACUGACAACCUAGACCAAUUCGUAAUGCAUGAAGACCAUUGAGUCUGAUCUAUAAAAAAUCUCUUUCUCAUCUAACUGUGCGAAUCGAGAAUCGGACAACAGCUCCAAAACAGAUUGAGGUAGGACCUGAUGAACAAUUUUAGCAUUAUAAACUGCUUGUACAUCUUUACUUCUUAUGACAAAUUUUCUGACCACUUUAUGUCUGCUUCUUUAGGUGCAGAGACAUUUGCUGCAAAGAAUAUGGAAGUAUUUACAAUGACUAUAUCGCUAAAAGCAUAAGAUAUACUUCCUCAUGUUAUUAUGAUGGCGCCGCGCACCCGCACUAUAUGUCUACUCCGCAGCUUCGUGAAGACAUGCAGACAAAUUAAAAAACAUGCACAUCCAUGUGCAGCUAAUCUUAACGGCGCUGACCCAUCACUCUCUGGAGAAUUCAUCAUCAGUCAUCAUCAUCAUCAUCAUUGGGGAAGGCAAGAGCAGAAAUUUGAAGCAACUGGAAAAGCGCCGGUCCUAUGCACUCUCCGAGAGGGGAAAGGGUGUUGAUGCGAUAGCCCUUGGCAAGAGAUAGGAGAAUAAAAGGGAGGGCGAUGGGACCAGAUGGUAUCCAGUACCUCCUACUUCGACGACUGCCACUACCACCACAAUUAUAUCGAAUAGCACGAUGUCUGUCUCCUCCUUCUCCUGCGGCAGCUGUGGUAGAUGAAUUAGUAGUUGUACUUUUGCAGACAAUCUCCUGUACGGUGAAGACCAGCGUCACAAGGUACAAGGUUGCUGUGAAGAGUAGUACCAGUAUGGCAAUGGCAGGCGGGUAGUCACCACCUUGAUAACUACUGGCACAAAAGUAAUGCUGCAGGUUGAUGAUUAACAAAUGCUGCUGAUGAUAGUGUUGUUUCUCCUGAGUUGUAGUCUGCAUAUUGUAGGAGCAGAUAUUGACCAUCAUCAUUUCUAUGACAGGGUUGAUCUUUCCUCAGCCACACGAAGUCUCCAUUAUAAUUCUUCUUCCUCCAUUAUAAAAAGCGGUUUAUUGUUUGAAGGAGGAAGGGCAAUCAAGGCUUCGUGCUAGUCAGUUGUGGGACAAAAGAAGAGGAGGAAGGGUCACCUAACUAUAAUAGUGCCAACUAUUUGGUGGGUGUAGAAUAUAAAUAAGGGGUUAGAGUAGUUGGUGGAUUU